UCUUAUUUAAGACAGUUUGUCUAGUGUGUGAAAGGAAAUAACAUGGAGUAAUGCCGGAAAGAUUUCUGAGUGGAGCUGUAGGGUGGAGGAAGCAACCUAGGAAUUCCAGAAGCCUUAGGGCCACAAACACAGGAAGAUGCCCAGACCCCAUCUCCACCCCUCCAUCCCCAAGCCCCGGGGCCAGGGGGCUCGGAAGGCAGCCUGUGUCCUGUUGAGCUUCUGUCUGAUCAUUUUAUGUAUCCUCGGGGAACCAGCUGCCCACACCCUCCAGUGGCUGCUGUUCUCCUUCACCUCUCUGCAGGUGGGGCUGCUGCUGAAGGGGAUCUGCUGCCUGGCUGAGGAACUCAGUCAUAUCCAAUCCAGGUACCAGGGGAGUUACUGGCAGGCAAUACGAGCCUGUACAGGCUCACCACUCCAGCGGGGCUCUCUGUUGCUGCUCUCGGGAUAUUUCUGCGUCACCUUCUCUAGUAAGCCAAACCUGUCACUCACCUGGACUUUUGCCUUGCUGGGUCUCUCUCAAGCACUGAGCUUCAUCCUAGGACUCCAGAGCCUGAGUCCAGCUGAGAUCUCUGAAGUCUGUGAGAGGAGACAUCUCAAUGUGGCCCACGGACUGGCCUGGUCAUACUAUGUCGGGUACCUGAAGCUGAUCUUGCCUGAGCUCCAGGCCCGAAUCCAAAUUUAUAAUCAGUUCAACAAGGAUGUCCUGAGGAGUCCUGAGGGCCAACGGCUCCACAUCCUCAUCCCUCUGGAUUGCAGGGUCCCUGACAACUUGAGUCAGGCUGACCCCAACAUUCGCUUCCUGCAAGAACUACCUCAGCACAAAGCUGACCGGGCAGGCGUUAAAGGCAGGAUCUAUACCAACAGCAUCUAUCAAAUCUGGGAAGACGGGCGGCAGGCAGAAGUCUGUGUCCUGGAGUUUGCUACCCCACUGCAGACCCUGUUUGCCAUGUCCCAGGAUGCGCGGGCUGGCUUUAGCCGGGAGGACCGCCUGGAGCAAGUCAAACUUUUCUGCCGGACCCUGGAAGACAUCCUUGAGGAUGCCCCUGAGGUGCGUGACUACUGUCGCCUCAUCGUGUACCAAGAGCCUGAGAAUAGACCUCUAAGCAACUUCUCUUUGUCUAAAGAGAUUCUUCAUCACCUCCGGCAGGCACGGCAAGAAGAGUUUGUUAUGGAGCCUAAUAGGGCUGUAGGUGUGGCCACAUCCUCCACCUUGUUCCAGGAGCCACAGCUCCUCAUCAGUGGUACCGAGGAGCCACUCUCCCUCCGUACUGAUGGUUUCUAAGCAACGACCUCCCCCAGAGUCGACUCUGCCCCCAAACCCAAGAAACCUGGCCCUGGUCCUCUGGGUGGCCCAUUGCUCUGGGCCAGACAUCUUCAACGGCUAGAUGCCUGGCAAUGCUACUGACCCAUCUGAUCUUACACUGAGAACAGUUUGGGACAGUUCAUCCUCCCUGUCCCUGACUCUGGGACCUGGGACUACUAGGCCUGGGCUUCUUUACCUUUGCUGUGUUCUGGGCACCUUUGGCAAUGUGGUGAAGCCUAUGAACCCCAUCUCAGAAUGCAUAAAAUAAAACAUGUAAGAUUAAAAAGGAAAUGUAUUAUAUAGAAAUAUGGUUUUCAAAAUGUCUUAAAAAUCAGAUCCAUAGGUUAAGAAGCCCUGUACUAGAGAAUUUAUCAGGCAAACGGCCCUCUCUCUUUUCUGUUGCUGUCUUAGAUGAGGACUGGUACUCAACCAUAUGUGUUCCAGAGACCAAGUAUUUACAAGAUGCAGGAUGAUGUACCAUGAACAGGAGAACAGUCCCUUCCUUUCUUUUCAGGAGGGUCCUACAGCUGUCUUCUAGUAGAUUCCUCCAAAGGACUGUGCCUGCAGAGCUAUCUUCCUGCUGUCUUAUUUUUAUAGUUGGAUUGAUAUUUGACAGCCAACCUUGAGCUUCACCCUGUGUUGGACACAAUAAUCCUUUGCACUCAGGAUGGUAUCACCCUCUGGCAAAGUGUAUUGCUUGGACCAGCACCAGGUGUUCACUGAGGGAUUUAGCUCCCCCUUUUUCCCAGGGCCAUCCAUCACAUAUUCACAAUCCCUGUUCUGGUCACAGAACUCUGCUUCUGUGCCCUGCAGGGUGGGCAUGACCCCCAGGACUUCAGACAAUACUGUUUCCACAGGGCCCAUGGGAACAGUAACUCAAGACCUAAAAAUGAUUAUGUCAUGGUCCAGCCUAGGAUGCAUAUAAGACCUGCCUUUAGUCCAACAUGUUAAGCCCUCCUUCUUAGGAAUGGGGCUUCCAUAUGCAUGUCAUUUUCCUUACUCUGAAAUUAAUUAAACUUUUUUUUUGUCUCUUGACUCUCC